GCUCUAAAUAACUUCAUCAAAACUUCUUUCUGGUCAGAGUGAAGCAAUUAUUAUUAUUGACAAUUAUUAGCGAUCAAUAAGCUAGAUCGCAUUAUGGCGAGCACGAUCAAGGAAGCUUUAUCAGUUGUGAGUGAAGACCAGUCUUUAUUUGAGUGUGCCUACGGAACUCCCCACCUUGCAAAGACAGAGAUGACAGCCUCUUCUUCCAGUGAAUAUGGGCAGACAUCAAAAAUGAGUCCACGUGUCCCCCAGCAGGAUUGGCUAUCACAGCCUCCAACCAGAGUCACCAUAAAGAUGGAAUGCACCCCAAAUCAAGUUAAUGGCUCAAGGAAUUCCCCUGACAACUGCAGUGUGGCCAAAGGAACAAAGAUGACCAGCAACACAGAUAAUGUUGGCAUGAACUAUGGAAGCUACAUGGAAGAAAAACAUAUACCACCACCAAACAUGACCACCAAUGAACGGAGAGUUAUUGUUCCAGCAGAUCCCACAUUAUGGAGCACAGAUCAUGUACGGCAAUGGCUGGAAUGGGCUGUCAAGGAAUAUGGCCUCCCAGAUGUGGACAUCUUGUUAUUUCAGAAUAUUGAUGGGAAAGAAUUGUGUAAGAUGACCAAGGAUGACUUCCAGAGGCUUACCCCAAGCUACAAUGCAGAUAUUCUCCUUUCACACCUACACUACCUCAGAGAGACUCCUCUUCCACAUUUGACUUCAGAUGAUGUUGAUAAGGCCUUACAAAACUCUCCACGGUUAAUGCAUGCUAGAAAUACAGGAGGUGCAGCUUUUAUUUUCCCAAAUACUUCAGUAUAUCCUGAAGCGACACAAAGAAUUACCAGCAGGCCAGAUAUACCUUAUGAACCAGCUAGGAGGUCAGCCUGGACAAGCCACAGUCAUCCCACUCCCCAAUCUAAAGCUGCCCAAGCAUCAUCUUCAACUGUGCCCAAAACAGAAGAUCAGCGUCCUCAGUUAGAUCCCUACCAAAUUCUUGGUCCAACCAGCAGCCGUCUUGCAAAUCCAGGGAGUGGGCAAAUUCAGCUGUGGCAGUUCUUGUUGGAGCUCCUGUCAGACAGCUCCAAUUCUAAUUGUAUCACCUGGGAGGGCACCAAUGGAGAAUUCAAGAUGACUGACCCUGAUGAAGUCGCCCGACGCUGGGGAGAAAGAAAGAGCAAGCCCAACAUGAACUAUGACAAGCUCAGUCGUGCUUUACGUUACUACUAUGACAAAAACAUAAUGACUAAAGUCCAUGGUAAGCGUUAUGCCUACAAGUUUGACUUCCACGGAAUUGCUCAAGCCCUCCAGCCACAUCCUCCAGAAUCAUCAAUGUACAAAUAUCCCUCAGACCUGCCCUACAUGAGCUCCUACCAUGCACACCCCCAGAAAAUGAACUUUGUUUCUCCCCAUGCUCCUGCUUUGCCUGUCACAUCUUCCAACUUUUUUGCCGGACCCACUCCAUAUUGGAAUUCACCAACUGGAAGUAUCUAUCCUAAUACUAGGCUUCCAGCCACCCAUAUGCCUUCUCACCUUGGCACUUACUACUAAAGGAAGAAAAAUAUUUUUCAAAGGAUAUUUCUCCAUGGAAUGCAAUGAAUUAUAUUGAAUUUUAUUGGAGAACAUGAACAAAAAGUGCCUAAAAGACAUGACAAGGUUGAAUAGGACCAAAAUAUGUCAUAUAAAAGUGUUUUUAUAAGGAUUACAGGAGAGUGUUAAAAAAGUUUAAAGAUGCUACUAUGUAGAGUAUGUUGACAUCAAAUCUACAGAUCAAACAUUGAAAUACUGUUCUAGAUAAAAGUAUGUAAUGAUAAACCACAACAUUGGAGUCAGAAAAGGUUUAUAAGCUUUCACAUCAUGUGUGACGCUAAUGCAAACUGGGACUCUACAGCAAUAUAAGAAUAAUUCAGCCAUGAACUGGGGUAUGAUACGUAUGAAUAUAUGAAUGCAUAAAAAUGCUCCCUGUAUUUUUAAAGCAAACAGACAGAACAGUGUCAUAACUAUUUGUCUAGAGCAGAACCUGAUUUUGAAUGCAGCAGUUUUAGCUGGGAUGAAUAUAAAUGCAUCCCUUAAUUGAGAGGAGGGGAUCAGCCAUUUCAAACUGUGAAGACAAGGCAAGCUAAGAUUUCUUGACAGUGUUAAGGAGCUCUGAGCCAAAUAUUGGGACUGAGGAUGUGCUAAAGGGCAAGAGUAUGAUGGUAGACUAAGGGCACGAUAUGUCAGGAAGUUCUUCUGUGCAAGCCCCGUGGAAAUGAAUGAGAGCUGCACAUGAGCACUACUGUAACCUUAUGUCUGAUACAUGAAGUGGAAAGGAGUGAGGAGGAGGACAAGGGUGAUAAGCGAGAAGGAGAAACUUUUCCCCUGAGGAUGGGGGAACUGAAACUGGACAGUAUUCGGACUAUGAAGAAGUACUUGUUUGGACUUGAGAAAUAUUGUUGUUGAGUAUUAUGCCAUUUCCAGUAUUAUCAAAGAAAAGACUUGAUUUUUUAAAGUCCAAAAAGGGGAAAGCAGUAAUACCAGAGUGUGCAUCUCUUUAUAAAAAUGUAAAACUGGAAUUGUCUAAUAUUUAAGAUUAACGCUUAGGACCUCAUUCUUCUUAAGGGAAUUUGUUUUCUACUUCUUGAAGGUAAGGGACAAUCCCCAGUUGCCAAAGUCUGAAAUCAUAUAGAUAUUUUUGUUAGGCAGCGCCAGUUUUUCUUUUCUGAGUCGCGAACGCUGUGCGUUUGUCAGAAUGAAAUAUACAAGUCAACGUUAUUUUUUUCUUUUUAUAUAAUAAUUAUAUAACUUAUGCAUUUAUACACUACGAGUUGAUCUCGGCCAACCAAAGACACAAAAAGGGACAAUCAGAAAUAUUGUGGCCUUGAAUUUUAACUCUGUAUGCUUCAUGUUUACAUUAUGAACUUAACUAGUACUUAGAAAGCAGAAUGUAUGUAAUAAAAUAAGCUUGGCCUAGCAUGGCAAUUCAGAUUUAAA